AUGGACCUGGACGGCACUCGGGCCCUGGAGCCCGUACGGCACGUCCAGGAGUUUGCCGCUGGGUUGGGGCGGGUAGCGAAGGCGGGCACGGAGAUGCUGUUUGGAUCGCACCAGAGGGGCGCACACGUCAACCUCUCCAGGUCAAUGGGAAUGGCGCAGGCUGGCAUCGCGCUGUACAGUCCCAAGUACUAUGGCGCGUGCAGCGUGGGCGGGAUGCUGGCGUGCGGGCUGACGCACAUGGCGGUCACGCCCCUGGACGUCGUGAAGUGCAACAUGCAGGUGAGCCCGGACAAGUACCGCAGCAUCGGGCAGGGCUUCAGGAAGAUCGUCCGCGACUCCGGCGUCGAGGGGCUCUUCAAGGGCGCCAGCGCCGCCCUCACGGGGUACGCGGCCCAGGGCGCGUGCAAGUUCGGCCUGUACGAGGUCUUCAAGAAGAAAUUCGCCGACGCCGUGGGCCCCGAGGCGGCGGAGAAGCACAAGCCCAUCCUCUUCCUCGUGGCCUCCGCCUCCGCCGAGUUCUUCGCGGACAUCGCGCUCUGCCCCUUCGAGGCCGUCAAGGUCCGCAUCCAAACCAUCCCGGGCUACGCCAAGGGCCUCUUCGACGGCCUGCCCAAGGCCAUUGCGCAGGAGGGCGUCGGCGGGCUCUACAAGGGCCUGGGUCCGCUGUGGGGCCGGCAGAUCCCGUACACGAUGGUCAAGUUCGGGGUGUUCGAGGCGACGGUGGACCAGCUGUACAAGCGCGUGGUGCCCAAGCCCAAGUCGCAGUGCACGAAGGCCGAGCAGCUCGGCGUCACGUUCGUCGCGGGGUACAUCGCGGGGGUGUUUUGCGCGGCGGUGUCGCAGCCCGCCGACAACAUGAUCUCGAUCAUGUCGAGCGCCGGGAAGGGCGUGCGGCCGCUGGACGUCGUCGCGCAGAUCGGGAUCAAACAGCUCUUCCUGCGCGGCCUCGGCAUGCGCAUCGCCAUGGUCGGCACCCUCACGGGGCUGCAGUGGGGCGUGUAUGACACGUUCAAGGUGGCGAUCGGGCUGCCGACGAGCGGCGGGGGCGUGCCCGCGAAGGCGCCUGAGAUGGAGCUGAAGCCCAAGCUCGCGGACCCCACUCGCCAUGUAAGCGGCGACACGGUCGACUGCGCAUCUGCGCAAGCACCCAACCUCAGCCAGUAUGGCUUCUUCACCGAGAAACACCCGGACACCUUCUCCCAAGGAGUCUUCCAGUCUCAGCAAGCAACGGACCGCCCCGCGGCGCUCUCCAUGCUCAUCAACCCGACCGCCGUCUCCAGCAACACGGUCGCGAUGCUCCCGGAGCACCCCAUCGACUGCCCGCCGGCCCUGCAGGGCGCGGUGACGUACGUCCAGGACUGCGUCACCGCAGCGGCGCCCGCGACUCAGAGCGCGGGCGCGCGCCGGCCCGCCGACCUCACGGAGGACCCCUUCGACUUCGACGUCGACGACCUCAUGGCCCGGCUCCCCGUCGACUGGAGCUACCUGGACGACCCGGCGCUGGUGCCCGCGCACGGACACGGCCUCGGCGCCGACUCCUUCCGCGGCCCGCUGCUCUCCCACGCGAGCGUCGCCACCGAGGACCUCGCGGACGCCCCGAGCGGCGUCCCUCCGCGCACCCCGUGCGUCGCGCCGCGUCCCCCGGAGACGCCACGCACGCCCAAGCUGCCCGCGCCGGACCGCACGCCGCACGUCUCGCCCGACGUGCCCGCCGCGAACGUCUACGCGGACCGCACCAGCACCCCCGUGCUCGACGCCGUCCCGCACCCCGCCGUCCUCUUCGGCGACUGCGCACCGGACCUGACUCCGCUGGCGCUCCUGACGCCCGUCAACACCCCGGAGCGAGCGGCCCCGGCCCUGGCGCAGGCCCCCGUCGCGCCCCUCGCGGCGCGGCGGCUCCCGAAGGCGUACCAGGGCAAGGCGUCGCAGUGCGCGACCAUCCUGCUCAUCGGGUGCGAGGACAAGAAGCUCUCGGUCAACUCGCUCAAGCAGGCCGACAACCAGCUCAUCGAGGCGCUCUUCCCGGCGGCCGUGCGCGACGCCGGGUACAAGCUCGGCCACCCGAAGGAGCUCCUCGUCGCGGCGGUGCUCGUGGCGCUGUGCAAGGACGUGCCCGAGGAGGAGCUGGUGGGGCGGUACGGCCUGGCGGACGUGGUGCGCCUGCGCGCGCCCGGCGCGAAGAUGACGCAGGACAUGGCGGACCGGCUGUUCCCGCGCGAGAAGAACGGCACGACGAAGUACUACAUGUGCGACGGGCUGCGGCGGCUGUUUGCCGAGUGGCAGCUGCCGUGGCCGGGGCUGGUGGUCCCCGCCGGCACGCUCGAGUACCUCAAGCGCAACUACGACAGCAAGGGCAACCACAAGGGACGCACCCCGUACCUUGGCCGCCGCCGGUGA